CUACUUUCCUGCCUUUGUAUACGGGUGGUUUUUCAGGUUUUGUAACUCCCGGGCUCUGAAAUCCUCCCAGGCGUCCUGUCUCGCUCCGGUCCGGCCAUGAGCGCCCACCUGGCCGUGCCGCCCUACCUGCCCUACCCGGACUCGUCCAGGUAUGGGGACUGCUACUGGCUCUCCGCAGGCAGCAUGGACAGCGUGCCGCCCGAGGCGGCCCCGGCGGCCGGCGCCACCGCCUUCCCCGCGGCUGAGAAGACUCCGAGCCACCCAGAUGUCUCUCCAGCUUCCUCCAGCUCUGGGACACUCAUCCAGUACACUCCCGACUCUGCAACCAGUCCCACUACAGAGCGAUCAUCUCCCUAUCCCUGUUCACAGAAGGUCAAUGGGGAAGAUGAGGGUGGGGUGAAGAAGGGCAAGAGCCGCACAGCCUUCUCCCAGGGGCAGCUGCAAAUCCUGCACCAGCGGUUCCAGACCCAAAUGUACCUCAGCCCCCAGCAGAUCCGGGAGCUGGCUGCUGUCCUGGAGCUCACCUACAAGCAGGUGAAAACAUGGUUUCAGAAUCAACGGAUGAAAUUUAAACGCUGCCAGAAGGAGAGCCAGUGGGUGGAAAAAGGGAUGUAUCCACCACAGAAUGGGUUUCAUCAGGCUGCCUACCUGGAUAUAAGCCCCACAUUUCACCAGGGCUUUCCUGUCAGUGCCAGCAGAAACAUUCAGGCUGUGACCAACAUGCACCAAGCCUACAGCAGUGGCCAGGUUUACAGGAAUGGGCAGAGUCUGUACUCGUUCAUGGCUGUGGAGGAUGAGGGGUUCUUUGGAAAAGCUGGAACAAGCUGCAGUACCCAGCAAGCCAUGGGUUUCUUAAGCCAGCAGAUCAACUUCUAUCCCAGCUAUCCUGCGGAUGUGGAUUAUGUCAGCCUGGAGCCAGAAGACACCUACAGCUUCCAGAGCACCCCUGACAAUAUCGCACCGUUCUUGAGCUCUCCUGCACAGCAUCAGUACCAGGCCCCUUGGCAUCCCCUGGGGACCCAGAGUGAUUAUGAAUCUUAGAAUUAAGUACUUUUAUUAACUCUGUUUUCUGUGGGGGUUCUAGGGUCUUGACUCAGGGAUCCAAUUUCUAUUCCUUUCUCUUGCCCCUCCUCUCCUCCUGUUUUAACCAUUGAUGGGACUCAGCACCCUACUGCCUUGGGUUAGCUUUCUGUUUAAAGGCUCUUGUUCAUAGCCAGCCCUUGGCAAGGGUGUUUUGUAUGUAGAUAGAUGAAACUUCCUUCAUGGAGGAGAAUGUGCAAUACCACAGCCAGGAGCAGCAGAGAUGGUAGGACUGUUUGCUGUCUGAUCUCACCUUCCUCUGCUGCAUCUUCAUCAGGCAACCUCUGACCCUUGCCCUUAGUGUCUUUCAGCUGAGCUUUGCUAAAGAAAACCCUGUACUUAAGCAUAUUUUUGCUAGAAACACCCUGUUGUAGCCCACAAGCUCUGCUGUCUUGCCUGUUUCUGUUGCUACCUCAGUCAGGUAAUUGCUAAUAAGUUCUUUCUAUGCAUCCGUUCCUCCCUCAUCAAAAUCCUACAUGAGAUCAUCUGAUUUCAGAUUAUUUGAUCCAGUUGCUUCCAGCAGCUCCUGUGGGGGCUGGGGUCAGCAUCUGCCUGUGCCUUGCCUGCUGCCCUCCUGUGUACGUGAAGCAGUUCAGAGGAGAGGGAGGAAGUGAGGUAGAGUAUUGCCCAUACCUCACAUCAAAACUUUUGGUUUCCAAAGCUGCUAACUCACUUGUGCCUGCCAGGACAUUCAGGAUGCCUGUCUCUGUGACUGUCCCCACCUAGUUUAGAUAUUUCCUUCCUACAUGUCUCUGCCGAGACUGUUGGUUUGUCCCAGCCUGCAAAUUCAUGGUGAGAACAGUCUACUUACCUGUACAUGAUAGUCCCCGAGCACUUCAUAAACAGAGCACCACUACAGUGCAGAUUUCUCUGCGUGUAGAGGCAGGCAGCUAGGUAAAGGACUCUGUUGUCUUAUCCCAGGUUUAAGAGUAUAAGCUAGUAGGAUUUUUGUCCCUUCCCCAGGACUUAUUGGAUCUCUUCUGUAUUGUCCUGCUGAAGAGGGCACUGGCUGCCUCAUCUGACACAAGGACCCAAGCUCUGGGGGAGGUGAGAAGUUUAGAGAAACUUAGUUAGACAAAAUGAAGAAGAUGCCAAUUAAAACUUCCAGGUUUGUUGUUAAAAGUAACUGAACCAUCCUUUUCAGUAUGGAGAAACCAUGAGGCAGCUCCAUACUAUGAAAAACUGCCUUUUUUUACAAGAUGUAGAGUUUCGGCAUCUGUUCUGUCACUGCCCAGGAACACAAAAUAAAUAAUAGUAAACAGGAUGGUUAAAGUGUAAGUAUUUCCAUUAUAGACUUCAGGGUUUUGUGAUUAGUGCACAAUUAUUACUGCAACCCUGGUGUCAAAUGUUUGCGCACAAAGGUUGCAUGUUAUAGUUAAACUCUCACUGCAAAGAAUAACUGUUGUUUCAGAAUUGUUUUAGAGUGUAUUCUGUUGCAGUGAUCUCAAGCAUGUUUUAUGUUAUGUGCAUGUUGUCUUUUAUUACGUUGUUUCCUGUUGAUGUUUGUACAAACUUGUUUGAGUUGAAAAUAAAUUACUUUAUUUUAAUGAUGGAA